UUGCUGCAGGUGGGGCAUAGUGUGAACUCAGAAAAUUGAAACAUACAUUGUUACCCUGUUCCACUGCCCAGAGGGGGCCAUGGCUGCAGAGAACCCUGUGGAAAGUCUCCAGGAGGAAGCUACAUGUCCCCUCUGUCUGGAGUAUUUCACAGAACCUGUCACUCUGGAGUGUGGGCACAAUUUCUGCCGAGCCUGCAUCAGCCAGUGCUGGGAGGGAUCCGAUACAGCCGCCUCCUGCCCUCAGUGCAGAGAAACUGUGCAACAGAGAAACCUCAGGCCCAACAGGCAGCUGGCAAACGUUGUAGAAAUCACCAAACGGCUGAGUUCACAGGCAGCAAAGGGGGCCGGAGGGGAAGGGGUGUGUGAAAGACACCAGGAGGCUCUGAAACUGUUCUGUGAAGAGGAUCAAACCCCCAUCUGUGUGGUGUGUGACAGAUCCUGGGCUCACCGCACUCACACGGUGGUUCCCAUAGAGGAAGCUGCCCAGGAGUACAAGGCAAAAAUCCAGGCCCAUUUGCAGACCCUGAGGGAAGAGAGAGAAAAGCUGCUGGGAUUUAAAGAGGCUGUAACGAAGAGAAGCCAGGAGCAUCUGAAACAGACAGAAACAAAGAGGCAGAAGAUUGUGUCUGAAUUUCAGCGACUGCGGCAGUUCCUGGAGGAACAAGAGCGACUCCUGCUGGCCCAGCUGGACAAGCUGGGUGAGGAGAUUGUGAAGAUACAGAAUGAAAAUGUCAGUAAACUCUCCGAGCAGAUUUCCCAUCUCAGUGAGCGGAUCAGUGACAUGGAGAAGAAGUGUCAGAAGCCAGCAAGUGAAUUCCUGCAGGAUGUCAGAAGCAUCUUGAGCAGGUGUGAGAAGGGGACGUUCCAGCAAGCAGUGGAGAUUUCUCCUGAACUGGAAGUGAGACUCAGUGGUUUCUCCCAGAAGACUAUUGCUGUAAUGGAGACUCUGAGGAAUUUCAAAGACACUCUGCCGUCUGCACUGGAGACACCAAGAGGGGAACCCAUCGGAGCACACAGACAGGUGAACGUGACUCUGGAUCCAGACACGGCUCAUGCCAUCCUCAUCCUGUCUGAGGAUUGGAAAAGUGUGAGAUGGGCAGACACGCAGCAGCGACUGCAAGACAACCCUGAAAGAUUUGACUCUGAUCCCUGUGUGCUGGGCUGUGAGGGAUUCACCUCGGGGAGACAUUGCUGGGAGGUGGAGGUGGGGGAUGGGCUAUUCUGGGCAGUGGGGGUGGCCAGAGAGUCUGUGAGGAGGAAGGGAGAGAUGAACUGUAGCCCUAAGGGGGGGAUCUGGGCUGUGCGGCGGUGGUGGGGUCAGUUCCGGGCUCUCACCUCCCCUGUGACCCCCCUGCCCCUGAGCCGGGCCCCCAGCAGGAUCCGGGUUUGUCUGGACUGUGACCGGGGGCAGGUGACAUUUAUCGAUGCUGGUGACAGGGCCCCGAUCUUCACUUUCCCGCCAGCCACAUUCAAUAGGGAGAGAAUCCGACCCUGGCUACAGGUCUGGGGUCCAGACACCCGGCUCAGACUGUGUCCCUGAGCUGGGGUGGGUGGGAAAGAUAGUACUGUAAACCCUGAGAUCAGCCUGUCUGCUCUCAGACAGCGCAGUCUCUGUGACCCUGGAGAUUGCUUUGGGUCUCAGCCUUUGCACUGUCAAUCCAUACAGAGCAUUUAUUGAGCGAGGUGGAGAAGCCAAUCUCAUCACUGCCCCAGGGACUGUGCAGCCUGUUUGCCACUGUCCUCUAUGAGCCAGGAGGACUCUGGGGAUCCUGGGUCAGACAGUGCCACUGAGACAUGGGGAAACAGCCCACUGGGAAUAGAAAAACAGGCUUCUCUAGCCACAGUCCUCCUAGCCCCUAUGACCUGGAGCACUCCCAUCUACCCAGCGUUCUGGCUUAUCUCUAUGACCUGGGAAGACUCCUGUCUACCCAACCUUUGAGCUCUCUGACCUCUGCAGGCCCUGCCCCCUCCCCUCUUGCAGCCCCAGAGAUGAGAGGAGGGGUGUGAGCUGGAGCUGCAGGAGGAGCUGAUUUCAGAAGGGCAGCCGUGUUAGUCUGUAUCAGCAAAAACAAUGAGGAGUCCUUGUGGCACCGUGGAGACUAACAAAUUUAUAUGAGGAUAAGCUU